UACCGUUAUCGCUGAUGGAAAGAUCUGGCAAAACAGAGACAGAAGACGAGCCAUAAAUAAAUUGAACCGCGGUAGCAUUAGCAAUUAGCAUUGUUGUUGAUGAACAGCAGAGGUAUUAUUGUAGUGGAGUGGUAUUAAUAAGAGAUCUAGUUUGGUGGAGUGCAAUCCAUUAAGAUGUGGGGCUCUAGCUUUGCAGAUUUGGCCAAGAAGGCCCAAGCUCUCCAGGAGCAGGCUUCUAGCAUGACUUCUGGAGAAUUGUUCAAUUUGGAUGCCAUGCAAUCGACCAAGCCAGGAGAAGGAGCCGAAAAACACGACGACAACACUGCCACCAGCCCUACCACGUCUACGUCCACCACCUUAUCUUUCACUCUGCCCACCCUAUCGGAGACCGCUUCACCACCUCCCCCCCCGAAGCAGCCUCCGCCGGAAGCAAAGGGAAAACUGAUUGUGCCGUCCAAGAAAUCACCCAAAGCUGACGCCAAAAAAACACAAGCAGAGGACACACCGCAGCCACUACUAGUACUGACACCAACAGAUUCAGCCGAUCAACCAGAAACUGACAUUGCUGAACCAUCACAAGACGUUGAGCCCACUACAGAAAAAGAAAACAACAACAACACUCCCGAAGCCCAAGAAAAGGAUCCAGUAGAGGAGGAACAGGAAGAAACCAAACAGACAGUUGAUAUAGCACAGCUGGACCACGAUACUACUGUCACUAGUACAGGUAGUAACCAUGUCCAUGAAAUAGAGCAACAAGACAAUGAACCCAAAGCUAACGAGGAGGUCAAGGAGGAAAUUCAAGACACUCAAAAGGAGAUUCAAAACGAACAACAAAGUGAAACACCGGAGACAAUCCGUGCAAGUCUAGAGGCAACUCCAGAGGCGGUAGAAAAUCACGACCACGAGCAAAACCUGCAGAUGCCACCAACAGAACAAGACACCUCCAACGAUAACACAGAUGCAAAGGAUCCAGAGAUGACACAGAAAGAGAUACCUCUUCCCGAUUCGCAUACCGACGAAAAGGAAGCUACAAAUGAAAGCCAGGAAAAUUCGCAAGACGUAUUAGGAGAAGGUAGCAAUAUCGCUCCCUCGGAAAAAGCCGACGAGGCCACACCCCAGGCAGAAUCAAAAGUAAACGAUGGCACAAACGAUACUGCAAACGUUGAAAUUGACUCCAAAGAGCCAACUCAAUUAUCACCAGCAGAAAAUACGGAAAUGGCAACCGAAGCCACGACACCGUCAAUGGCUCCUGCCCCAGCGGGGCCUGAUGCAGAGCUCGUGAAACAGCAAUUCGCAGCACAGCUUCAGCGUCUCCAGGCGUCGUUCGAGGAAGAACGCAAAGAAAUAAAGUUGGAGCAUCAAAAGAAUCUAGACGCAGCGUUGGCUUCCAAAGACCAAGAGAUGGCACAAGUCCAGGGAAAGCUGAAAGAGAAAGAUACCAAGGUCCGUGAGCUCCUUCGUAUCAAGGAAGGAAACGAGCUUAGAUUGGACAGCUUGAAACGAGAGGUAGAGGGGACCAAAGCACUCCUGUCGCAAAGACACACGGAUGUUGAAAAAUUCAACGAAACCAACAAACAUGAGCGUGAAGAAACAGAUAAAAAGAUUAGGAGCAUGGAACUUGAUCAUGGAAAGACGAAGAAGGAACUGAAGCGAGUUGAGGACGAACUAGCAAAAACCAAAAAGGAACUGGGGGCUACAAAUGACGAUUUUAAUGCUCUCAAAGCAAGAGUCAAGACCGUUGCGGGAGAGCUCAAAGAUAGGCGAGCUGAAGUUCGUGACCUCAACAAUAAGAUCGAAGAAUUGGAACAGGCCAACGAGAAGCUGGAGGAAAACAUUUCAUCCCUAGGCUCGCAGAUAAGCGAUCGUGACCGAUCCGGAACAGAGAAAGACGAAGAAGUGAGUGAACUACGCUCUACGAUCGAAAGUCUCCAAAGGCAGCUCGCAGACAGCGGGAAAAAAAUGAAGGCUCAAGAAGGAACAUUCGAAAACAACCUCGCUAGCUACAAGAGGAAGGCUCAGAAUUCGCUUUCUGUUGCCAACGCUCGUGCGGCGGCUGCUAUUCAAGCCAAGGAAGAAGCUGAGUUAGAAGCACGUGCCGCAAGGAGUACAGCUGAUUCCAUGAUGGCAAAAGCCAUGACAGCCGAGUCCAAUGGCAAGAAGGCGAUUAUGGAAGCAAAGGAAUACUAUAAGGAAAUGGAGGAAGCCAAGAUCAAGGCCGAAGCUGACGUGAAACUAAACCAGGACGAGCUCUGCAAAGCCAAGACAAGUCUCGCAGAGAUGACCAAGCAAUUGGAAGCGUUGGCGACGGAAAAGGAUGGACUUGUUGAGGAACACAGAAGAAAGUCGCGAGAAAAUGAAGUGGAACGCACGAAAGUUAGUAAUCUUCAACAGGAACUGGAACAAGCAAGGCUAUCUGCUAACAGGCUCAGUGAAGACGUGAAAAAACUACGACAACAACUGCAACGUGUGGAGUCCAAAGCAGCGACAGAUGCCAGAGCGGCACAAUCUGUAAGUGCGGUAGACGAACCUACAUCCACAGCUUCAGCGCAAACCGCAGCGGAAGAUACAACAUCCAAAGCAACUAUAAUGAUGCUUCAAGAGCAGCUGCGAGAGAAAAACCAGUCGAUAGAGGAAUUGAAGGAGCUGCUGGAGAAUUCUCUUGCCGAUGAGAAGGCGCAGGGGCCAAAUGGGGGUACGGGCUCGCCUCCAUCCCCACAGCACACAAAUGGAGGAAAGGAAAAUGGUGCUCCUCUCUUCUAUGCCAUAGAAAAGCAGGCCGAGCUCAACACUGCUCGCAACGAGAUCAAUCGCCUUGCCAGUUUGUAUUCGGACGUCCAGUCGGAGAAGUUCGAAGCUCAGGAAGCUUUGCAAGCUGCGCUCAGGGAGUUGGACGAGGAGAAAGCAAAAUCGCAAAGAUACGAGAAGCUCAGUGCGGCGCCUGGCGGGACAGUUGGCGGAGAUGACGUUUCAGCGGCAACAUCCGGCAGAACCAAUGUCGAGUACCUAAAGAACAUUAUGAUGAGCUUUCUCAAUGCCAAGACGUUGACGGAGAAGAAGGCUUUAAUUCCUGUGAUCGGUGCCGUCUUGUGUCUGACACCAGACGAGCAAGCUAACGCCAUAAAAAAUGUGGAGUCUGCUGGAAGCAUUGAAGGAUUUGGCAGUGCGCUCUUCGAAACAUUCGGAAGCCGCGUCAGAUAGAGAGCUUGAAGAUUGGCAACGACUGCUAUUUACUACAAGGUUUAAGGCUUAUUUGCUAGUCUUAUUCUUGUUUGCGUUGGAUUGGUCAUCGCUUGCUAAUAGAAAGCAAGAAUUACUUUCAGCGGGCUCCCAGUUCCCAUGGAUAAGCAAAUACGGUGCUUAGUUGGCGCCAUGAAGCCGUUGCCAUACCUUGUCGAAGAAGAGCUUCCUCCAGCCAGGUUCCAACCGGGGUGCGCGGCUCUUUUCAACCUUCAAGGCCACUAGCUUCUCCUUUAUGGCAUCUGGGCACUUGCGACACUUCAGCAGAUGUGCAUGAAUGUUUUGGCUGGUUGAGUUGGUGGACAACGUCUUUGCCGAUACAGGAAAGUAUUUCCCCAGACCAGCAUGGCCGGAACAAUGACGACAUUGAAAGCCUGGAUAGCCUACGGGACCCUUCGACCGGGCAACAAACCUAUCAACUUCGCUGAAGUGACAACUUUCAACUUGCCUCAUCAAGAAGUAGACGUAUGCAGGUACAAUCAUCAUAUCUUCCGGGAAAACAAUGUGAUCACCAUCUUUCAAACGUUGGCCUUCAUCCUUCCUAGCCUGCUGGGAGGAGGCGGUCGUCUCCGCUGUGUCUGGUGCAUUGACCGAGCGGAUGAACUGAGGAUCGCAACUGAAGCGAAUGCCCUCGUCAGUGUCGACCAUACCGAGCGCCCUCGCAGAAUCUGUCCAAUACUGACGUGUGGUUGGGAUCCAAAUGUUUAAGUUAUUGAGCUCAACCAUCUUGGCUCUGACUUGGUCUGGGAUACACUCGCAGUGCUCGACGUGGAUUCUGUGAAAGCGUUUGACAGAUUCGUAUAUCCCAGCCACUGAUGUGGGAUAGGAUACUGCUGCAACUGCCCUCUCCUUGAGGGGUUUGUGCUUACAGUGGACACAGCGGAUGCCCACCUGGUGCAGCGUAAUACGGCCACGCUUGGAUGUGGAAAGGACGUCCUCUUCUGUUGCGGAGAAAGCCUCGACACAAUACUUACGGAGAAAGCAGUUAAUUUCGGACAACCACUCUGCGUCAGAGUCUGGAAUGCACAGUGACACCGACCCACUAAACCAUUCAACGUUGCUUGCAGCUCUGGUCGGGACUUCGUUCCCCGUUUCCCCUUCAACCUUUGACUUCCCAGCUGUCGCCAUGCUACUUUGCUGCUGCCCCAGUGGAAAUCUUGGACUGCCGGUGCCAUGCUGCCGGCACUGCAUCUUACAUGCUUGUUCGUGUACACAUGCUUCCUCGUACGUGCUAAAGGCGGCAGCAUUACAAUAAUCACAGAUCCAAUGUAGAUCGGUACUGAAGGAUUGGCCGUGCAUCAUUCUGGGAGGAGGAUGGUGGGGGGGAGGAUGAGGCGGCAUCCUUGGAUGCAUCCAUGGGUGUGAAAAGUCAGGGCGGCCGGGAAGAACAGUCACCGCAUUAGGUGGGAACUGGAUUGGGAACGCUUGCGCCGAUGGAGGUGCUCUUGCAGCAUGGUGGAAGUCAAAAGUCUCUUGUGUGUCCCCAGUUGGGGGGGUGUUCGAGUUUGCAAAGCUAACCCGUUUAAUAGCACGAAUAGGGGAACGAACAUCAGGAGAAACAGGCAUGGGAUCUGACGACGGUGAUCUGCUCUCCAAGGCAGCGGGCAUCGAAAAUGCCCUCUCGACAUGUUGCGAAUUUUGUGGGUCAAAUGGCUUUGAUGUAGGCUUCUGUGUAGAAGGACUGAAGGAAGCUAAAGAAGCGAGAGCAACAGCAGAGGCUAGCUCGGUGGAAUCCAUCGUCGUGUUUGUUGGCUCGUUCUUCGUCCUCUUUGCUUCAUCUUCCCGGUGCGACUCCUCUUGGCCUCUUGGCCGCUUAGCCUCGUCUACCAAAACCAUCGACGUAGAAUACUUGCUUGGAAAAGUCCUCUUUGGCGUCAAGAGGUUCCACCUCGAGUGGAAAAUUCGGCAGAAAUGAGACCGCUCUCCUACCUGUAUUGCUCCCAACCGUUGUUUGGGUGCAAUUUGAUGAAGCCGGCGGUCGUGCGUUGGUCUCCAUGCUUUGUGGUAGAGAUUUGGCAACGAAAUUUCCCCACUCACACUCGAGUCAGGGUGUAUGCGAAAGGCAGAGUACCUUUGGCUUGCUAACCAAUUUCAUGCCGCAUUCAGAGCGUUGGGUAUCAAAAAAGUGAUGGGUGCGUUGACGAGGCUCACGUAGAGGUGCUCGAUGCGGCCACUCCAUCCAGGAGGAAACUGAAAUGGCUGCAAGUGUGACUGCAUGGCGUGGAUGCGUGGAGAAUCGAAUCUCGCUGGAGGGGAAGAGCGAUCAGCACAUUUUAAAAAGAGACCCACCGCAGAUUUUUAAAGACUUUUAAUUCUACUAGCUAGGCUGAUACCUUUUAAAGAGACUAUAAUAAGGCAGUUUGUGCUGAUCAAGAGUAAAACUACUUAAUUCAGUCACUUUUUGCUAAAAUCGUAUAAUAUUAUUAUGGCUAUAUAGCUUAAGACCUGGCUG